AUGUUGUGUAAUUUAGUAUUCCUCAUUGCUUCUUCUCUUUCUCUGAAUUCCCUUGCACUAUCUCACACUUCAGCGUCUCACAUGGAUUCUGACACGUAUUCUUCUCCUCGCACUCACAAUCUGGCUUACACUCUAUGCCCUGGUCUUCACUAUCUGUGGUCUCUACUACCACUGUCUUAUUGA